UUACAACAACGCAGACGCAAACACGCAAAGAACAAGCAUAUAUGAGUGAUCGGUAACAAAAUUGAUGGAGGUAGCAGCAGUAAGAGUAGCAGUAGCGAAAACAAUAUGAUUAUAGUAUUAAAGAAAUGUGUGAGACUCCGUCCAAGUGAUCGAAAUAACUGCGACUACAAGCCAGUUUAUCGUAGGCAUGGGUUGCAGCGUGUACUGUCGCACCUGUGCUGUACCGCCUAGAGACUUAGCAGAUGGAAUGAUCGAUAUUUUUGCUAACACGAAAAUUACUGAACUUUUAAAUACAAUAAAGGAAUGGCAAUUGGACAUUACGCAGGACGAUGGACUGUCGCAGUGUAUUUGUAAGAAGUGCGAAUUGGCGCUAAUUAAGAUUAAUACAUUCCGAUUGCAAGCGUUGAAUGCAAAAAAAUACUUGCAAACGCGACUUUAUUCAAUAGAGACAACAGGCGGGGUUGGAGAAUCAAUCGACGACAAUGAAAAUGACCUUCAUACGAAAACAAAUUAUGGUGGAGUAGAGAUGCAUAAUAGGGAAAUAUUACCGCGUACUUUGCAAUCCGAGUACACAUCUAUACAAAUGUGCAAAAAAACGAUAAAUAUAUUUAAUUCAAAUGAGAAAGUGAGCGAGAAAGAACAAUCAAACAAUUUUGAAUCAGGUUUAAAUGCAGUCGUCGAAGAAAGGGGUGAGUUUCCGUUUGAUUCGAAUAAUGAGCCUAGUAGACCACACGAAUUUCAGGUAAUACUAAUUGAAGAGGAGGAGGAGUCGACACAGUGGAUAAGCGAAGACGAAGACGAAAACGCGGAGGAGAAAAGAUUUCAACCACAUUCGAUGGGAAUUGUUGAAUGUGAAGAACUUUAUGCUGGAAAUAAAAAAACUUCAGCGGAAUCUAUUGAAACACAUCCUAUACAUUUGCAUAGUUUCACUAAACCUUCAAAAAAUAAAUCAACUGAGUUCAUGCCCAAUGAAAAAACAUUGAAAAAUAGAAGGCAAGGACCAAAAAAGAUAUAUUACGAAGUAAAGCCAAACGAAUCUUCUAAAGUUUCACCACUUGUUGAUAAUAACACAUCAGGAACACAAUUUCAUUUGGUUCCCAAAGAGACAAUAAAAGAAAUUGUACCUAUUUAUGAAAAAAAAGACCAAACUUUAGAAGAUCCAGCACAAAUAAGUGAUAUUGAAACAUUAUUAGCCACAAUAAGCAGCGGGUCAUUUGAAUCAAUUAGAGAUUCUAGUCCCUGCUCUGCCGACGAUUUACAAUCAGUGCUUAUGAAUCAAUUCACACUUCAAAUGAUCAACGCAAAUUUUAACAUCCUGGAAAACGAUUUACAAAUUGACGACUUCGACACCUUGCUGGCGGCAGUUGAUGAGCAAGCCUCUUUAGGGUCAAUAAAUAAUAAGGAAAAAUAUUCAAGUUCUCUGAAAAAUGGAGGAAAUGUAUUAAAAGUAAAAAUGGGUUGUUGUAAAGGAAUGCCUGUACCAUAUAUAGGAGAAAAGGGAAACGAAUGGGAAAUGAAUGAAAAAGUUAUUCCUUUACAAACAGCAACAAGAGAAUCUAAAUUUUUAAAUCAUACACCAAAUGGUCCUUCCUAUAAAUUGGCGUAUAAUAAAAAGUCGAUAGACAAUGUUGUUAAAAAUGAAAAAUCAAGCGUAAAAGCAACAUCCGUCGCUGGUCGCUCAAAUAAAAUAACUUCAAGAAGUUUGCGUUGCCGCCUUUGUGUACACUCUGUUUCGGACCAGCCUAUUUUCGCCACCAAAGAGAUGCUGGAUAACCAUAUAGCUACAGUACACGAUGAUAAAGAACGGCCUUAUAAUUGUCCUCAGUGUGCGGCACGGUACCGCACGCGAAGCGGCUGUGUGGCACACAUAAACGCAAUACACCUUAAAAAGGGGGACAAAUGCGAACUGUGUGAUAAAAUUGUUGCAGGCGGCGCCGGACAGAUGCGUAUGCAUAUCGAACGCAAUCACACCCACGGCAACUAUACAUGUGAGAUCUGUCAUAUGGAGCUGAAGAACAUCUCACUUUACAAUUUCAAGUAUCAUAAAAGAUGGCACAAUGAAGAUAAAUUAUGGAGAUGCGAGCUCUGCGGGAAAGCGUUUGUUACGCGCACACAUUUAAUAGAACACAAAGUGACGCACACACGACAAGGCGAAUUUCUCUGUACACGGUGCGGAAAAAGUACGCGCAGUAAAUGGGAACUUCGUACACACCUCUUUACCAUUCAUGGCGAAGGAGAAGCGCCAUUAAAGUGCAACUAUUGUGAUGAAAAGUUCACUCAACAUGUACAGAAACGUGCUCAUCUUGAGCGAUAUCAUCCUAUGGAGUUGGCUAAGCGUAUAGUUUCGUGUACAAAAUGUGAAAAGCAUUUCUCUACAGAGACGAAUCUUCAACGGCACAUUAAACAACAGCAUAAUGAGGUUAAUGCCGAAAUGGAGCUCUCCGAUAUGGUGACCUCUUCCACACCACAAUACGAAGGAUUCAUGUGCGCACAUUGCCCUCGUAAAUAUCGUUCUAAAUACGCACUUAUUAAACAUCUGAAGGUGCAUGCGGUGAUGGCAGAUAGACCAUAUUCAUGUCCAGAUUGUGAGAUGCACUUUAAGCACUUCUCAGAAUUAGAUAGGCAUGAUUUGCAGCAUCAUGCUACAGUACGCCCUUACAGAUGCGAUAAGUGUUUUAAGGCUUUUGCUACCAAAACAGCGCUUAAAAUCCACGGACAAGUUCACGAAGCAAAGGGUAGAAACUUUCGAUGUCCAGAAUGUAAUCAACGCUUCAAAUUUGAAAAAUCUUUAAACCUGCACAUUAUUUCCCACAAAACAAUGCGACACAGCUGUGAAAUUUGCAAAAAAUCAUACAUACGAUUAGCACAAUUGAAAACCCACAAAAAUCGUUACCAUAAAAAAACGAGUGAUACAGAGGAAGAAUAACUUAUUCAACUAAAGAAAUACGUAUUAUAAUACAACCAUAAACUGCGAUCACUUCUGCAAAAAAAAUUCUGCCGCUAUAACAACAACAACAUAACUUCUACAUAAAACCCAAAACUAUUCGGGGAAUAAUAUGGCUACUAUAAAAGCGUUGUGGAAAAAUAUAAAUAAUUAGAUUACAGCAAAUGUACUCUUAAAUUUAUUUUAAUUCAAAACUAUUAAUGAGUAUGUACUUACAUUAUAAAUUAAUGAAACUGGAUAUAUAUGUGAAA